AUAAGUGGAUGUAAUCUAAAGGUAUGAAAACACUGUAUCUCCUCAAUGGAUUAAGAGGUUAUUGUGUAUGAUAUUAUUUUGGGUGGUUAAAGAUGAUUUUAUAACCCUGGGGAUUUAUCGAUAAAGAAAAGGCAGGCCGUUUCAGCCCACUGAAAUGAUUAGACAGCAAGAAGCGCCGGUGAGUCAAUGGGCCUAGCAGUCUAGACAGCCUGUCUCGCUUCUUUAGAUCGAAAUAAAAGCCUGCAAUUACAUGAAUUGCUUGCUAUCAUGAUUAAUGGCGUCCUGCUGUAUAAGCUUUGAUUUUCUUGCUUCAAACCAUUGCCUGAUCCCAGUUGAGAACGAUCGCCCGAAUAGAAGCUCCCUGGAUUCAGUAGGAAUUAUAACUCUCGAUCUUCCGCUUCUUCUAUUUGUCAACCAAAUUUGAUUUUUGUUUUUGUUUUUCCGGACCAAACUUGCAAGCUUCUCAACGAAAAAUGUUUCUUGAACUUCUAAAAGGAUUUAUUUGUUUUGGUGUGGUUCUUCUCAAAUUAACGACUGAUGACACGAGGAGGCGGAUAGGUAUCGAUGUUGGCGAAUGUCGUAAAAUAUCGAAGCAUUCAAAUGAAAGACAUCAAUUAACUCCUGAAAGAAAAAAUCAGUGUUCGCAAUGUCCUGAGACGAGUGAAUGCGUUGCCUCGCAAUUGCGUGUGCAGCGCGUGUACCUGGUUGGUGAACCCAAGGUGUUCGAUAUCGUUCAGGAGUGUGAAUGCGUUCAAACGCCGCCCUCGUGUGAACGAAGGUCACAGACGAAGGUUUUCUUCGAGGACACGCCCUACGAAACAGCGGUGGAUGUUGGAGUGUGUUCCGGUCCUUGCUCUGAAUCUGAUGGUACGUCUACAAAAAUAUAUAAUAUUUCCCUAAAAAUGGAUGUGGGGAAAUGCGUCGGAACUUGCACGAAAGAUUCAUCUUUGCAAUGUAUUCUCAGAUCACCAUCGAAUCCUGACGAAUGCUUAAUGUCAUUGAUGAAGAAAACGAACUGCAGUCCGCAGUCGUACACUCAGCAUAACUUCCAAACGACAGGAAACAGACGACAAACGGUAUUAACUAUCAACGAAUGUGGAUGCUAGAAACACCAGCUACCUCAUAUAGAAAUUUAAAUUCGUAUUUAAUAUCCAGAAAAACACGGCUAUUACUGUACACGUACCACCACGUGAUCAUAUUUAUUAGGAUAUAGGACUUCACAAAAUUGAUAACGAAUAUUUUGCCAUUCGAGUCUUAAAAUCUAAAAUGCAGUUGACAACGUUUUCACAAACUGCGUGUGUACAGACGGUUUCCCCUCAAGUUUGGAGAUUUCUGCACGAGACUUCCGAAUUGUCCUAUUUUAUGGCGAGUUAAUUUGACAAUUCAGGCCUGUAUUAACCAAGUACGGGUAUAGAUUUACUCGGUCCGAAUCAUAAUUCGAUAAAUAUAUAUUUUUAAAUGAUAUCCGAUUAAAUGAUAGCCAGUCACGCUUUUGAUAACUUUUGGAAUGUUGACUGAACCAAAAUGGAUUGGGAGAGAUGCCUUUAAAAUGGUUGAAGUAUAAAUAAAUGUGAACUAUAAAUAUAUUUUUAUGACUUCAGUACAAUAAAAUGAUAGGCUAAAAGACCGAUGCGUCAAAGUGAAAAAUUAGCAUAUUCGAUAAAAAUUAGAAGAUUCGAUGAAGAUUAAUAAAUGAACUUGCCGAAAAAAUAACUUCCCCCGUUCCCGCAUGUUUUAUAUGAUUUUACCUGCUUAGAAUUGAUUAGAAAUAUGAUUAUUUGAUUUUUAAAAGAGUAUUAUGUGUCCUGUUAUAUUUGUUUUUAACACAGAUAAAAUAUUAGGUGGAUAUAAAAAAUGUGUGUCGGACUAUUUUGAUCAGCUACUAUAAACUAUAUACUACCAAAGGCUAUUGUACAUUGGAAUCGUUUUUUGGGGGGUUUUUUCGAAAUAUAGAUAAUGAUUUUUGGAUUUAUAAACAGAUUUGAAUUGAUUUUUAAAAUAGUUAUGAACGUAAUAAUGUGCCAGCAUAUUCUGUAAAUAAAAAAGCAUACGGAAUUAUGGGGCCGAUUUCAAAUUUGGGCCUCUCCAAUUUAAUCACUAUUUUUCCAAAUACAUUUUUUUUAUAUUAUGUUAAAAUGUAAUGCUAUUUUUUACAGUCAGUAUUUGUGAAUGGAGCUGUUUUAUAUAUGCUGCAUUGUUAUAUAUGACUUUGAUUAACGUCUCAUCUUCCGAUGUAUAGGAAGGACAGUUGCUCCAUAAAUUUGCAAAUAUGAACUAUGUUGGUAUUUAUUUUAAUGGUCAUCCGAUAUGUCAUCCGUUUUUCAGGCGAAUAGCCCCCGGUGCGCACUGUUAAUUUUAAUGUUCCGGAUGUAGGCUCAUCCAUGCUGUCGUUUGCUUUGUAAAUAUUUACUACAAUUAGCCAUUAUGGUAGUUAGCUAGCAGAAAAAUAUAACUUUACCUAUUGGUGAAUUUAUCAUAUUAAGAUUUAUUGCUUAUUCUAUUUAUUAAUAAAAAGACAUUGAAAGAUGCCAGACGAGCGAGAGCUGUGACUGAAGUGUCGGUUUCGGAUGAGCCGUAGAACUGUGGGUGUGGAUAAACCAUCUAAGCUAAAGUCAUCAGGGACUUGGUUUUUAUCAGGCUUGAUGAGUGAAAAGAUUUCCCUUAUAGAUAGAAAUUAUAAAACUCAAAUGAUCAUGCUUCGUGGAAGGAAAGAAACGCUGACAUUUUGCUGUGAAUAAUGUAAAUAAAGUGAUGUAUUCAAA